CGCCGGCGCAGUGCAGAGUGCUCACUUCCCUUCCCCGGCCUGUCCCGUCCCGGUGAGCCGCCAUGCCGGAGCCGCGCGGACAGUGCGAGCUGCGGGUGAAUGAGGCCUUUGCUGCGCGGUACGAACGCUACCGGCAGCGCGAGGAGCUGCAGAAGUUAAAGGACCGAUACGAGGACCGAGGGAGCGGCGCCAAGUCCAGCUCGGACUCCGACUCCGACUCCAUAGACGAGCGAGUGGAGUUUGACCCAGAACUUGACAAGGGCUUUUACCGGACCCUGUCCCUGUUGAAGAAGAAGGACCCCAGGAUCUACCAGGAGGGCGCUACUUUCUAUAAUGAGGCCGAAUCCUCCUCUGGGGAAGAUGAGAAACCAUCAGAGAGAGAGAAGAAAAAGAAGAAAGAAAAGCCCAUGUACUUAAAGGACUAUGAGAGAAAGGUCAUUCUGGAAAAGGAAGGGAAGUACGUAGAUGAAGAGGAUUCCGACCAAGAAGCUCAAAGACAGAAGCAUCGGCAAACCACCUCCCGAAGCUACGUGGAAGAACAGAAGCGCCUCAAGGAGAGCUUCCGGCAGUUUGUUGCAGACAGCGAUGGGGAGGAAAGUGCUGGUGAGGGUGGCUCCAGUCUGCUGAAGAAACGGACCAAAACCAAGUUGGAGAAGGCUCAGGAAGAAGCUGACUACGUAGACUGGUUAAAGGGGCAGAAAGACACUGAAGACAAAGAGGAUCUGAAGGAGCUGACCCAUCUCAAAGAGUAUUGGAGCAACCCACAGCUGGAUGCUGGGGAGAAAUUCCUGAGAGACUAUAUUCUGAACAGAGGCUAUGAGGAGGAAGAGGAGGAGGAGGAGGAGGAGGAGGAGGAGGAGGAGGACAAAGGAUUCCCCAGUGCUGGGGGGCAGCUGAAAGUAGAUGACUCCUCUGAUGAGGGAGAGCUAUUCCUGAAGAAGCAGGAAGACUUUGAGCGGAAGUACAACUUCCGCUUUGAGGAGCCCGGCGCAGAGCAGGUAAAGACCUACCCCAGGACCAUUGCCUCCUCUGUGCGGAGAAAGGAUGAACGGAGGAAGGAAAAACGGGAGGCCACUCGGGAGCGCAAGAAGAAGGAGAAGCUGAAGAAGCAGGAAGAAUUGAAGCAGCUGAAAAACCUGAAACGCCGAGAGAUUCUGAACAAACUGGAGAAGCUUCGAGAGAUCACGGGCAACGAGGGUGGGGCCUUCGAGGAGGCCGACCUGGAGGGAGACUUCGACCCCGCCGUGCACGACCAGCUGAUGCAGAAAUGCUUUGGAGAUGAGUACUAUGACAUUGGAGAGGAGGAGAAGCCUCAGUUUGAGGAAGAGGAGGGGUUUGAUGAUGAAUGGAACUGGGACACAUGGACAGGGGAUGAGGAGAAUGGAACCUGGCAGGAGGAGGAGGCCGUGGAGCCCCACUGUGAGGACCCCGACUUCAACAUGGAUGCAGAUUAUGACCCCAGUCAGCCAUCUGUCGUGAGUGGGAAGAAGAAAAAGAAGAAGUGGGAUGUGCCGCUGACUGGCAAGAAGAGGCGGAAAUCCCACUUUGCCGAAGUUGUCAGCCAGGAGAGGCCUGUCUUUGACCCUGAGGACAGGACCUUUGAGGAAUACUUGGAUGAAUACUACAGGCUGGACUAUGAGGACAUCAUCGACGAUCUGCCCUGUCGCUUCAAGUAUCGCUCCGUUGUGCCCUGCGACUUCGGCCUGACCACAGAGGAGAUCCUGGCCUCAGAUGACAAGGAGCUGAACCGCUGGUGCUCCCUCAAGAAGACCUGCAUGUACAGAUCAGAGCAGGAGGAGCUUCGAGAGCAGAAGCAGUACAGCUUGAAGGCCAAGAACGUUCGCAAGAAGCAGCAGAUCCUGCAGUCCCUCGCCCAGCUGACCGAGGAGACCUCUGAGCUAGCACACACACUCAAGAAAAGGGGCCAAGGACCAGAGUCCCUGGAUGAGAGCAGCAGGAAGAAGCCCAAGCUGGAGGCCACCUCUGAGGAAGAAGAGGACUUCCUGGUACCGAAAGCUAAAGGUGUGGCCACCCUUUCUGCUGCAGAGCCCUCAGAGAAGCUGGAUGGGACUGGGCCCUUAUCUGGGACUCAAGUGGUCCCACCUCCAAGACCCAAGAAAAGUCUUCGGGGCAGGAAAGGGAGACUUCUGGGACCUAGGGUGAAGUUGGGGGGCUUCGAGUUCAGCCACCAGAGAUUGCAGGCUUAUGGGCUCAAUGCAAAGCGGCUGCACUACCGCCAGCUAGGCCGAGAACGGAGGAAGCGGGCCCAGGCCCAGGCCCAGGCUGCAGCCUGAGGACCCUGGCUCGCCUAUAGCUGCCUUUUGGGUGAAAUAAAAGUAGGUUUUACACAUGAUACUGAUGGAGUGAGGGGUACCUGCUGGGCAGGUCUGGGGCCCCCUUUCAUCUCUGGGUAAAAUGAGGCUGAAUGACCUCCAAGGUGGCUUCCAGGGCUUGAGGGCUCUGACCAUCUAUGGGUCCCUGUUUUCUAGGCGUGCGAGAGCAUAGUGACGCCUCAGGGAGGGCACCUUAUUGGAGGGAUUAGACUUCCUCUGCUUGGCACCCCCACCAAAGUGGGAGCAGAUUUCCUAAGAAAGCAUUCAGACAUUUAUCAAGUAGAACUUUAAUUUCACCCUUGGGCCACAAGCCAGCCAGAGGGGAGGGAGAGCACAGCAAGGAAGACCAGGCCCCCACCCUCUAGCCCAGGCUUAUUUCCAGUGGAAAUGUUGCUACAGCAGAAUCACAGCCUUCUCCACACUGAGGAGAGGAGUGAAAGGUGUUGGGGGAUCAGUAAUCAGCCCCAAACCCCCAGUGAGCCUGAGAAUAUUGCUGCCCCUCCCCCAUGUGCAGGGGCAAGGGGCAGCUCAAUCACAUGUAUAUAAAUAAAAAUAUAUAUAUAUUACAA